AUGGAUGUAACAGCGUGGGAACUCGAAAAAAUAAUCGGUUCGGCUACAAGUGAAAAGGUCAAAUAUGGAAAGCGGAAAGCGGAAUACAGUCCUUUAGAGGAAAAGAACAAACGUUUAAAAGCUGAAAACUCGGUUUCAAACCAUGAAAAGUUGUCGAAACUCCAGCUACAAAGUGUGCUAUUGAAGAGCGCAAGCCUGCAACAAAUGAUUAAUAAAUCCUGUCAUCUAUGA